UCCUGUAGUGGUGUGUGCACAUUUGCUUGCAGAACCUGGGUAGUAAUGAAGUCUGCUACUAAAUGCCAGCAAACCUGUGGACUGAGCAGAGCUGAGAAGAAGACAACCAGCUUCAAGAGGAAGACCCGAUACUCCUCGUAUAUCUAUAGGAUGCUGAAACAGGUGCAUUCAGAACAUGGCUUCAUUGAGUUUGCACAGAUGAACUCCUCCCUUGAGCAGAUAGCAACAGAGGCUGCCAGGCUGUCUCUCUACAACAAGAGACGUACCAUCACCAGCCAAGAAGUUUGCCGUGCUCUCCGGCACAUUCCCAGACAGUGAAAUUGCUGCACUCACUCCCUUGUGAAUCCCAGCAUUAUCCAUUUGUAGAAGUUCAUUCAAUAAAGCUGAA